UGGAGUUUGCUGUCUCACAUUGUACUUUUCUGGAUACUGGGGUAGGUUGUAGAGUUCACUACUGAGCUCAAUUUUAGUUGCAUGUCACACAUUACUGUGCCUCCCCUUUUUCUGAGACGUGUAUUAGAAAAGAGAUGAAAAUUGAUUUUUGGAGCGAUAAGUUAAUAAUGGACAUCACUAACAUUCACAAAGAAGAGAAACGCUUCAAAAUUCAAAUAUAAUCAUAGAAUUAUUUUAUCUCCGACAAAAAAAAAAAACAUCUUACCAAGGACAGUUCCUUUUUAGCCCUGAAGAAGGGACUUGUAUGUCCCAAAAUAUUGGAUACAUAUAAGACCACAGAUUACCAGAAUUUUCAACUCUGAUAUAUAACUCACAUCAAUAUAGCAACACACUACUUAUACAUACUGGAUUGUAAGACUGGAAUAAGCAGAUGAACUUUAAGAGGAAACAGUUGGAGUUUUAUCUUAUCUACCGACAUGAUAUACUUUAUGUGUAUAUAUAAUCCCAUUAUAAACAUGACAAAUUGAACAAAACAAAUACAAUAGUCAGUUCUGAAGUGAUUCUCAAUGAUUGGCAGAUGGCUGUAAAUCGUACCAAAAAAUCUUAUUGAUUAUUUUUCCAGUACAAAACACCAAUCACAGAUGACUAAAAGCAUGAAGAAAGGAUGAGAACUUCUGCUUACUUUCAUAAAAAAUAUUUAUCUAUUUUUUAUCAAUUCCUUAUGUCAAAAUACAAAAAUAAAAUAAAAUAAAAUAAAAUAAAUGUAAAGGAAAAGAAUAAAUAAAGAAGCGAAGAAAGAGAAAAGGAAAUGAUAAUCUUUAACAUAUUUUUAAAAGCUCUUUCCUAAUACGCAUAACAGAAACAGUGGGAUAUUUUAUUUUUGCCUAGUUUGCUUUUGGUAGUAUACAUGCUGUCUGCUGUAAGAAUAAGAAAUGUUAAUUUCUCAUAGUUAUGACAAAUUUAUAUUUAAUCGUUCAAAGGCUGUCCUCAGUUCAUUGGCUGUUGCUGGAUUUGUACUGUAAAUCCUCUCUUUUAAGUAUUCCCAUAAUAAUAAGUCUAACAGUGUGAGGUCCAGUGAACACAAAGAGUAUUCUACUGUACAUUUUUGUCUGAUUCACCAGAUUCUUCUUCAAAAAAUAGAGAAGAAAAAAUAUAAUACAAGAAGUAUAGAUGAAAAUUGGAAUAAUUCCUUAAAAAGAUAUCAGUGAGCAAACUGUAAAAAAGAUGAACUUUCGGAGAAAAGUGUCUUCAAUAAGAAAAUUUAAUUCAACACUUGUAAUUUUAUUCAUCCUUAUUAUGAUAGUAAUAAUGUUUACUAGCAGGAAAAGAAAGUCAAUACCAAUGUUAAAAUCAGAAUUUGUAAGGAAAACUUUCAUGACACUAUCAAAUCGCAAAGUUGAUUCUUUUAACUGUGCCAAGAUUUAUGAUAACGAUUUUCGAACAUCACCUGAAUUAGAGAAGGAAGCAAAGAAAUAUCCACAUCCUGCACAAGACUUGUUGAAGCUGUCAGCAAACUGCUCAAGGUUUAUAACUGAAAGAGGAUACUUCAUGAACAGUAUGACAAUAGAAGAGGAAUCGUUCCCAAUUGCCUAUGGAAUAUUCUUUUAUAAUCAAGUCACACAAAUGGAACAACUUCUAAGAGCAAUAUACCGUCCACAGAACAUAUAUGUCAUCCAUCUGGACCAAAAAGCUGCCAUUCAUGACUACCAUGUUGUCAAAUCAAUUACUGAAUGCUUCCCAAAUGUGUUUCUAAGCAGUAAAAGAUUUAAUAUAAAGUGGGGUGAUUUUAGUCUUGUUGAAGCAGAUCUGGUAGUGAUGAGAGAUUUGUUGCGCUUUUCAUCAUGGCGUUAUUACAUUAAUCUCUGUGGAAUGGACUUCCCUUUAAAAACUAAUCUUCAGAUAAUCAGGUUUCUUCGAGGACUUAAUGGCGAAAAUAUUGUCGACCUUGACUUCAGAAGUUGGAUACAUAGAUGGAGGAGAGCAUUAAAACAGAAACCGGUACCACACAAUAUCACUUUAGCUAAAGGGUCACAUUACGUUGCAGUAACUCGAGACUUUAUAAACUAUACAGUCAAUAACCAAAUUGCUCAGGAAUUAAUAAAUUGGCUAAGAAACACAACUAUUCCAGAUGAAUCUGUAUACCCCACCAUUUUUUAUAAUACACAUAUUGGAUCACCACAUCCUUAUAAUAGUUCAUAUUCUCAGAUUUACAAACUGGCAAAACAUGUUGUUUGGCAAACAGAAAAUAAAGACAAAAAUAUAUGUUACGGAUCUUAUAGACGUGCUGUAUGUGUUUUUGGACUUCAAGACCUCAAACGAAUUACUUUAGAAAAAUAUCUGUUUGCAAACAAAUUCUAUAGAAACUUACCAUAUGCCUGCUUGGAAGAAUGGCAUUUUAAUAAAACACGUGAUGAAUAUUUGAAUCUGGUCAACAACAUGCCCCUACAGAGUAACUGGUGGGGAUGGUGGAAAAGGAUAAAAGAAUGGGAUUACAGGAAACAAUGUAAUGAUUAAAUCCUAUCAGAGUCAUGUUAGUAAUUUAAACACCCACCAACACCACCAUCAUGAACAUCAUCAUUACCACCACACCACCAUCACCACCAUCAUCGUCAGUAUUGUUAUCACUGCUUGCACAUCUACUUUUCCAUGCUUGUAUGAAUCAAAUGAAAUUUGUCAAGACAGACUUAUGGUAGAAAGAUCUUCCUGUCACCACCCCUGAUCUGUUCACAAGCAACAUGACAUUUUCCCUUAAUCAGGACAUAUUUUUCGAUGGUUAAUUGCAACAUUGUUUUGCUAUAUCAGUAGAGGCUGGUUUUGUCUCUGCAUGUGGUUGCUGAUGAAAACUCACUAUUGACAAAGUCCAAAGAAGCAGAAAUAUGUAUUUACUGAGACAACUCUAAUUGUCAUGACACAAAACAUUGUUUAUUAAGUAUCAUCCAAUCAAUGCGCAUGAUUCUAUCAUGUGAUGUUUUUCCCUCCCACAUUGUUUAUUAUUUAAGCUUAUGUUGAUUCAUCGGGAGGCACUUUAUCAAGAGACAUUAGAUAUACAUCAACUCAGUGUUGUGGAUUUACUCUUUUCACCUGAGCAUGCUUACUGUGGUACAGAUGGUUCAUUUUGCAUUGUGGACAGUUGAAGUUACAGUUUUCCAUUUUGCACUUCAGUUUGGAAUUGUUGCAAUGUUUUCUUUGUUCAUUUAUGAAGUUAUCAUCUGAGCACAAUGUUAUUUGUCUUGCUGCUGGAUGAAUUUUGUCUGCUAUUGGUAAUAUAUUUCUAUGGGUUUUUUUUUCAACACUAUACGUCUGUAAGAGAUGCUAUCUCAAAGAUAGAUACUGCAGUUUAGCAGGCUUCUAAAAGUAUCUGCUUUAAAUACAAUACACAAAUUGCUACUUUGAACUAAUACUGCUUUGGUUGCUCACAAUGAAUACACACAAAAGUUCAUAGGCUGACCAAGAUACUCUCAUGGAAUGUGACCAUGUAUGUGUAUGGUCUCUUUCUGUCUGGCUCUAAGCGAUGAAGCCAUUGGCAGAGGAAACAUUCAAGGAAACUAUCUGGAUCUACCUCAAACAAUGUCAGAUUUUCCCCUGAUGUGAUCAGCCUGGUGCACUUUUCAUCAGCUGUCAGAAGACAUGGCACCCACCAAACAGAAACCUUCGUCAUGCCAAGUUAAUUGUGAAGAAUAUUCUCAACUUUCACACAAGAUAUAUUAACAUUGGCUAUUCGAUUUAUAUUCAAUUGCCUGUCAUUCAUCACUGUGUGGUGAACACAAUCAAUAUUUUCCUUGAUGGUAGCUGCUGCAGGACAUCCAGACCUUGGGUCAUCUUCAAGACCCUCUUUUCCUCUCCUAAAUGCAACUGCUCACUUUUGCGCUGUUGAUAAAGCUGGGGUGUCAUCCCCUAAUGUAGCAACCAUGUCAGCAUUAAUGUCCUUAGGACUAAACCCUUUUUCUGCAGAUACUUGAUAACACCAUGGUGCCAAAUUUUCCCCAUUUCAAGAGAAAUCACAACUAGUUACUUUUGAAGCCUUCUUUGAACAGUGAGAUGUCAGUUUACCUGGAGAGAAACAAUGCAGUUAUUAAUAAAAAGGGGUUAAAAUUAAUACAUGCAAGAUUUCACAGCUCUAGUAUCACUCCUUCAUGGUAAGCCUAUGAACUUUUCAGCCCACCCACAUAUGUGUGUAUUUAUAUAGACAUAUAAAUAUAUACAUACAUGUAUGCAUACACACACACACACACAUACGUACAUAUAUGGUACAUAUAUAUUUGUGUGUGUGUGUGUGUGUGUCCUUAUCUUGACAUCAUGGAUUAUAAGCAAUAAUUAUAAACAAGCAUCACCAUCAUAAAUGCCAAGUGAUGUUCCAUGAAAACAUAUCAUGUCAUGCUUCGAAACAGGUGAGGGUUGGCCACAAGAAUAACAUCCAGCAAUAGACAAACCUGCUUCAAUAAAAUCCACCUGAUCUAUGCAAGCAUGGAACAUUAAAGACAACGAUGAUGAUGAUGCUGAUGGAGAAUCCUUUUGAAUACAGUUUUGGUGUAAGUAAUUAUAAAACUGAAACAGUUAUCAUUACUGUAUCCACUACUUAUGAAAUAAAAGUAAAUGCAACAAGUUUCAAAGGGAUGUUAAGACAAUAAAUACUGUGACGUCAUUAUUUAUUUUCAAAAGAUUAUCUCAGAUCUUGAAACUACAAUAUGGGGUAAAUUAAAUAUAAUUAGCUUCUUUUUUUUAUCAAGAGGGUUGUUAUUUUGGUCCAUCUAUUAACAGAAUCGAGCUUCACACAGCUGAUUGACUAUGAUAGCAAUGCAAAGCAAGCCUCCAUAGAUACACUACAGAACAGAAAAAAGCCAGCUUACAACACUAAAUCUCUGAUGAUUUCCCGAUGAAGAAUUCCUAACCCCAAAAUAUCAUAACACAAACCAUUGGCUUGUAUCAGGUUGAAUAAAAAGUAAGCAAUGUUUUGAAACACGAAAUUCAUCACAAUAUAUUUCAACAAUGCGGAAAUGUUAUUCAUCAAAGUAACUACCAUUACAAUCAACACAUUUUUGCUAAUGAGUUACAUGUUUGUUUAUUCCGGUAACAUAAAUAAAAAUCUGGAGUUCUGGAGCUGAUGAACUCUUUGAAUGCACUUUCA